CAACCACCGCAAGCCCAUCUCCUGUGUAAGACAAAACAAUGUUAGCUUCAAAAGUAAAAUUAUUUUUGCCCAUUUGAAAUAUUUUCAGUUUUAAGCUGCCUCGCCUCCAUUGAAAUCCUCCUUACAGCAUCUUGUGAGUUUUCACUCCUACAUUGAAGCAACUUCUGCGGUCUAAGAAUUCUGCCAUUGAUGAGUUCGGCGGCAGCGCUAAAGAAUGUGGUGGCAUCGGCAGUGGUGAAAGGAGUGGCUGAAGCAAGGGCACACAUAUUUGGGCAUGUCCUUAACCUUACUGCCCAACGAUCCGCUCAUAAGGUACUUAGGAAGAAGCUUAUUGGUGACAAAGUUGCUGAGUGGUACCCUUACGAUGUUAAGCAUGAUGACCCUCUUAUCAUGGAUCGCCAACAACAAGAGCGCUUGAGUAAGAAUCAAAUGUUGAAGCGUCGUGGAAAAGGACCUCCAAAGAAGGGACAAGGAAGGCGUGCGUCUAAACGUAACAAGUAGAGUUUUAAUUGUGGCUUCCGUCUUAUGAGUGAGAUAAGAUUACUGCAUCUAAAAUACCUUGUAACUUUUAAUGGUUUGAGCCUACAUUUUAUUUCCAUCUCUUGUUGAUUGAACCAGCGUCACAUCUUCUGUCAGAUUGUUGGAAUGUAUUCUCAGGGUUCAAAUUAUGGGAGUCAAAUUCUCUUUUUUUAUUCAUGUCUGGUUUUGUAAGGUGUUAAUGCACGUUAGUGUAGUUGUCAAUAAUAUACAUUGAGAUAAAUACUUCUCAAGUGUGUCAA